CAAAACCUCAAAGAGUGUUUUCGUUUUCUGAAUUGAACACUACACCGAUCGAGAAACAAACAGAGAGGCGAAUCCAUUCAAAGUGUCGACAUGAGUACAGGUGGAGCAUUUGGAGGAAACAGAGGAUUGAGACCUAUCCCUCCAGAAAAGGGCAUUUUCCCUCUGGAUCACUUACACGAAUGUGAUGCGGAGAAGAAAGAAUAUCUAGGCUGUCUCAAGUCUUCAGGUAACAAAUCUGAGCAAUGCAGACAUCUCUCCAAGAAAUAUCUCCAGUGUCGAAUGGCCAAGAACUUGAUGGCAAAGCAGGAUAUGUCUGAACUUGGAUUUAGUGGUGUUAAAGAAUUGGAUUCCACUGAAGAUAAGAAUAAAGAAAGUAUCGAACAUUGAAGACUGGACCAAACUUCGAACCUCUUUUUUUUUGUGAUUUGUCAUUGAUUCUACUCGAGUCACAUCUUCAAAAGUAUAGGUUAGAACAUUACUUCCUCAUAAAACCAAACUAUUCAUACACACUGUUUUUCAGCUUUCACCAUUUCUCAUCGUUACAGAUGAUGGUAUACGUAUCUGUGAUUUUUGUGUGAACUAAAAGCAUUCCCAUUAUUAUAGAAUCA